CCAAAAUAUGUGAAACGCAAUCCUAGCUCUGGUCACAGAGAGCAGUUAUUUUAAAACUUCCAACUCAGCCACCUCGAUACGACCAUGCGUAAUGACGCUAAGAUCCACGAACUCAACUGACAGAUCUCCGCUUUAAUUUGGGAUCAAAACUAAAAUGAUCAACCGCCUCCUCGCUUGGAGUUCACGUUCGAUCCACGUUCGGUAGUUUGCUGUCCUUUCUCCGCUUGCGCGUCUCCAAUGUCUCUCCCGGUAGUUCUCCCCGGAUCGUGUUGCUCUGUAACCAGGGUUCCGCUGGCCUCUCAGUUGGCAGACCCGACGUUCAGGAUCCGGCCGCCCCGCUGCAUAUCUGCCUCUCGCAUGCCUGGUUCUCAGUCGAGGCUGCUCCCAGCGCUGCUCCCCGGCCGCCCGCUGCUCUCCCUCGGAUUACUGCAGCUGGUUCUCGGCUGCUCCAUGGUCGCGCUCUCCUUCGGAGCUCUCUCCCUCAGUAGCUCUCCACCCAUCCGAAACGCAUGCCCUUUCUGGGCUGGGUCUUCAGUGAUCCUGUCAGGGAUCGUUGGCCUCACAACAUGGAGGAGACCCAUGCUGCUGCUGGUGAAUCUGUUUGUUCUGCUGUCGGUGGUGUGUGUUCUCCUCAACCUGGCUGGCUUCAUCCUCUGCUGCCAGGGGGCUCAGCUGGUCUCCACCAUGACCAACUGCCAACUGAGCGAGGCGGGAGAUGUGUGUAACUGUUGUCCCCAGAUCUCCAUGUGCCCUGAGGAGAAACUACUCAAACUCUACCCUGGGCACUCCUGUAACACCAUGAGGGUCCUGCUCAAGAAGGUUCUGUUUGCUCUGUGUGUUCUGAAUGCUCUGACCACUGCAGUAUGCCUGGUGGCUGCUGCCCUGCGGUACCUACAGAUCUUCACCACACGACGCCCAUGUAUGGAUGACCCCAGGCCAAUCACAGAGGAAGGGGAGGAGACAAAUAUUAUCCCUGACCCAGAUGAGUUUGUCCCCCCUGCUCCUCCCCCGUCCUACUUCUCAACCUUCUACUCCUACACCCCCCGGCUGGCUCGCAGGAUGUUUGGGGACAGUGUGAUACCUCUGCCUCCUGUCUAUGCAGCCAGGAUUAAAGGGGUAGAGGUGUUCUGUCCUCUUGACCCUCCCCCUCCAUACGAGGCUGUUACAGGAGGCUCCGCCCUCGCCACUGCAACACAGGAGACAGAGAUUCAGAUUACCAUGACAGGUCUGCCUGAGUUGGCGGAGGAGCGGAGUGACCGCUCGGAGGCGGGUACUCCUGUUAGAGAUGCUGGUCCCCAGACGACGGUUGUUCCAGUGCCCCCGUCUCCCCAAUAUCACCCCUCUCCCCAAUCUCCGCCCUCCCCCUCCCUGCACCAGGCCAGACCUCCCCAGGACCAGGGUGCUCCUGUGCCACCCAUUAGGAGGUCUCAGCGCCAGAGACCCAGACGCUCUAAUAGUGACCCUGUCCUACUGGACCUGGCUGCCAAAGUGUUAAGCUGUGAAGCAGCCACACAGACCACCGAGGUCUCCACCCAGACUUCCAAGUCCGCCCUGGCCUCCCAGUCGUCCCGGCCCCAGACGGUGGCUCUCCGGCGGGGUGGUAGAGGCCCGCGGCGUCCCCGGCCCUCCUCCAUGGUGGACUACCAGAGCUACAGACACACCCAGCAGCUGGUCAGCAGGUUUCUAGAGCAGCCGGCCCACUGCAGCCUGACCCCCGAGGUCCAGGAGCUGGUGGACAGCAUCCGUAGCGUGCUGCGCUCAGACCAGGAACACAUGGAGGAGGCUGUCCGCUGUGCCAGCUUCAUAGAACAGGUGAUCACAGUAUCAGAGACACCAGUUGGAGCCCUGCCCCAGCCCCUGUCCCUCCCCAGGGGAUGCUCCAGACCCCAUGUCCCCAUGCUGGACUGUUCCUCCCGGACCCUCCCCCAGCCCCUCCGGAAGAGGCCCGGCCUGCUGCACCUGCGGAGUUGUGGAGACCUCAGCACCUUUACCUGGGCAGAGCAGCAGCCACUAGAGGCCAGGCAAGGUGGUGGGUCUGGCUUCAAGUCCUGGUCUAGAGCGGGUUCUAGAGUAGGUUCUCGGUCGACGUCACGGGCGGGCUCUCGCCUGGAUCAUCACGAACGCCCCCACAGUCUCAUAGGGGUGUUUAGGGAAACGGUGAUCUGAUGGAACCCUCUUCCCAUCCCAACACUCCCCUAGCACAAACUGAUGGCAAGGUCCACUGGGGGAAACACCUUAUUGACUCCAAGGAAAAUGCGCCCCCUGCUGGCGAGGUUUGGGACUGCCACUGCAAAACCUUGUGGGGAAAAGCCAUCUAAAGAACUUUGAAACUGAGUCCCACAGACUGCAAGUACUAGCCUUUAGAAGGGCUGUGUGUGUGUGCGGCUGCGUGCGUGUGUUGUGUGCCUAAGGUGUGUGUGUGUGUGUGUGUGUGUGUGUGUCUGCUGCACUAAUACUGUUGAAGUGUAUGUACAGUGUGUAGUGUUUUCUGUACACUGUUGUUUGCAUUGUGAAAGAGGUGACCUGGGAAACAAAGGUUUCAAAAUUGUCUCCAAAUAUUUCCAUUAACAAUUCUGUGUUACAAGCUAUUAUAAAAUGAUUGGCUGAACAUAUGACAGCACUGAACCCUACCUGCAUGUGAGAGUCUAUGGAAGGCUCUCUCUCUAUACUUCACUAUCUGCCCUGUGCCUUAAAUAAAGCAACGUGGAAUGUUCCAUAUGAAAUGUUCAGUAUUUAAUUAAACUGGCCAUGCACUAUGAGUGUUAAUUCAGCUUUAAUUCAUUUGUUUAGGCCGGAAUUCAAUCCCCAUCGUCCAUUAUUUUGGCUAUGCACCUUUUUAAAGGCAAUGCUCCAACUGCCGUUCACAAUAAACACUGCAUAUGUCGGGCUCAAUCGGAAACGACAUUUACACUUCAAACGCACUAUAAAUGUGCCUCUUAUACGGUUCCGGAUUACAUCUAGGUCUUAAAGUGCACCGUUUAUGCGCCGGGAUUCAAUCCAAGGCACGUUAAAGAGCAGCUCACCGGACAGACAAUACGUCUUUCACGUAGAUUUACAUUCAUGAUAUACGUUGCGGAUGUCAACUUAAAUUACCUUUAAAAGGUGCACUGUCGUCUGUGGAUCGAAUCCUGGCCUUAGAAGCAACAACAAAAACAACAACAGUCCUUCUGCAAGUAGUUUAUUGUUGUAAAUACCGGUAGAAACAUUCCAGUUCUGUAGUUCAAUAACAUCACAGAAAAGCUAGCAAAUGAAUACAAAUUGCCAUAGCUUUAAAGAAAGUCGUAUUUUUCACGUUUGCAUCAUCUUUAGACAUGUCGACAAACAUUUUAAGAUGAAUUACAUUCAAAACAGUGCAUUAUAAACACUAGUUAGCCUACCUCACAGUCACCAUCGACUCAAGUGUAUGUUUGCUGCCCAUCUCUUUACAAAGGACAACUUUGUUGCGUCACAAUAGCCUACUAUCACCAACACGGACAAGGAAGGUCUAUACUUCAACAAGUUGCCCCCUGUGUUCAUUACCUUGUGCUCUAGACAAAUAUGUAAUUAUGUUUUAUUCCCACAAUCAUUCACUUCCUCUCUUUCCUCGUUCACAUGAAACCACUUCUUUAAGAGACAUUGUAACCACGAGUUUACUCAGUUCUAAUUUCACCUUAUUUGUUAUUCCUUGAAGCUUGUUUAUAUGGUCAAUCCAAACUCAACACACAAAAUAACCAUUAGAAGUAUAUAUACCUGUAUAUGUAAGUGUGUGUGUGUGUGUUUACAGUGGCAAGAAAAAGUAUGUGAACCUUUUAGAAUUACCUGGAUUUCUGCAUAAAUUGGUCAUCGAAUUUGAUCUGAUCUUCAUCUAAGUCACAACAAUAAAUAGACAUAGUUUGCUUAAACUAAUAACACACAAAUUAUUGUAAUUUUUGUCUAUAUUGAAUACAUCAUUUAAACAUUCACAGUAUAGGUUAUAAAAAGUAUGUGAACCCCUAGGCUAAUGACUUCUCCAAAAGCUGGAGUCAGGAGUCAGCUAACCUGGAGUCCAAUCAAUGAGACGAGAUUGGAGAUGUUGGUUAGAGCUGCCUUGCCCCAUAAAAACACUCACAAAAUGUGAGUUUGCUACUCACAAGAAGCAUUGCCUGAUGUGAGCCAUGCCUCAAACAAAAGAGAUCUCAGAAGACCUAAGAUUAAGAAUUGUUGACUUGCAUAAAGCUGGAAAGGGUUACAAAAGUCUCUCUAAAAGCCUUAAUGUUCAUCUGUCCGUGGUAAGACAAACUGUCUAUAAAUGGAGUAAGUUCAGCACUGUUGCUACUCUCCCUAGGAGUGUCCGUUCUGCAAAGAUGACUGCAAGAGCACAGCGCAGAAUGUUCAAUGAGGAUAAGAAGAAUCCUAGUGUCAGCUGAAGACUUAUAGAAAUCUCUGGAACAUGCUAACAUCUCUGUUGACGAGUCUACGAUACGUAAAACAAUAAAGAAUAGUGCUCAUGGGAGGACACCACAGAAGAAGCCACUACCACUACCAAAAAAACCAUUGCUGCACGUCUGAAGUUUGCAAAAGUGCACCUAGAUGUUCCACAGCGCCACUGGCAAAAUAUUCUGUGGACAGAUGAAACUACAGUUGAGUUGUUUGGAAGGAACACACAACACUACUAGCACACCAACAACAAAACCUCAUCCCAACUGUAAAGUAUGGUGGAGGGAGCACUCAGGGCCUCGACAGCUUGCUGUCAUCGACGGAAAAAUGAAUUCCCAAGUUUAUCAAGACAUUUUACAGGAUAAUGUUAGGCUAUCUGUCCACCAAUUGAAGCUCAACAGAAGUUGGGUUAUGCAACAGGACAACGACCCAAAACACAGAAGUAAAUCAACAACAAAAUGGCUUCAACAGAAGAAAAUAUGCCUUCUGGAGUGGCCCAGUCAGAGUCCUGACCUCAACCUGAUUUAGAUGCUGUGGCAUGACCUCUAGAGAGCAGUUCACACCAGACAUCCCAAGAAUAUUGCUGAACAGAAACAGUUUUGUAAAGAGGAAUGGUCCAAAAUUCCUCCUGAUUGUUGUGCAGGUCUGAUACGCAACUACAGAAAACGUUUGGUUGAGGUUAUUGCUGCCAAAGGAAGGUCAACCAGUUAUUAAAUCCGAGGGUUCACACAUUUUUUCCACCCUGCACUGUGAAUGUUUACACAGUGUGUUCAAUAAAGACAUGAAAACGUAUAAUUGUUUGUGUGUUAUUAGUUUAAGCAGACUGUGUUCGCCUAUUGUUGUCACCUAGAUGAAGACCAGAUCAAAUUUGAUGUCUAAUUUAUGCAGAAAUCCAGGAAUAUCCAAAGGGUUCAUAUACUUUUUCUAGACACUGUGUAUUAUGUAUUCCAGCUGGUUUAGGUUUAAUGUGGAAUAAUUAAGUCGUCAUCACACACACUAGAAGCAAACAUCAUAUGGUCGACCAA